UAAGCCCAACCUCGAUCUCCAACCAACCGCAAACUCAGUCCACAAUUUUCUCAGAAAUCAUCGCACAUCUCUCUCACAAACAAAACCAAAGGUUGAAGAACACAACAACAACAAUCAAAUCCCUCUUCCCGUUUCGUCUCUCUAUAUCCUGCACUUGUGGUAUUGAAUCAAUAUGAAACCGGUUUGUCCUUUUGUUAAAAUUCCUCGGCCGGACGAUAGUAAUGCUUCUAAAAAACCGAGUGAAAACUCAACUAAAUAUCAUGUAGAACAUGAAAGUAAGGUGAAGAAAGAGGUUAAUGACUCGGCCAGCGUUUCACCGAAGUGUCCAAUGGGAUAUGACUCUCAGACGUUUAAGCUUGGUCCUCUUAGCUGUAUGGUAUGCCAAGCGCUGCUGUUCGACACCAGUAAAUGUGUGCCUUGUUUGCAUGUUUUCUGCAAAGCAUGUAUAUCGCACUUUGAGGACUGUCCGUUAUGUGGAGCUGAUAUUGUGAAGAUUGAGCCCGAUGACAAUCUUCAAGGUGUAGUCGAUCGCUUUAUUGAAGGUCAUGCUAGGAUCAAAAGGUCUGUUAAUUUAGACAAAGGCGAAGAAGCAACAGAAAAUAAUAAGCCGGUUAUAUACGAAGAUGUGUCUUUGGAAAGAGGUUCUUUCUUAGUACAACAGGCCAUGAGGGUAUUCCGUGCUCAGAAUUUAGAAAGUGCCAAAUCAAGACUCAGCCUAUGUGCAGAAGACAUUCGUAGUCAGAUAGAAAAAGUUGGUAACACUUCAGAGUUAUGUUCACAACUUGGAGCAGUCUUGGGUAUGCUCGGCGACUGCUGCCGAGCAAUGGGUGAUAGCAGUUCUGCAGUAACUUAUUUUGAAGAAAGUGUUGAAUUUCUGUCAAAGUUGCCAAAAGAUGAUUUGGAGAUUACACAUACACUUUCCGUUUCACUUAAUAAAAUUGGUGAUCUUAAAUAUCAUGGGGGAGACCUCCAAGCUGCGAGAUCAUACUAUUUUCAAUCCUUAAAUGUUCGCCGUGAUGUUGUCAAGAACAAUUCAAAUGUUUCAUCUCAGGUCUUAGAUGUUGCUGUUUCUCUCGCAAAAGUAGCGGAUGUUGACAAAAGUCUAGGAGAUGAAAAGUCGGCUAGUGACGGAUUUCAAGAAGCUAUAAACUUGCUGGAAUCACUUACUUUAAAAUCUGAAGCCAGUGGGCUUGAGCAACGGCGGCUAUCAGUUCUAGACUUCCUUAGAAGCCAACUGACAGAUGAUGAUAAACAAGAACAAGUCAAACAAACAGUUUGAGGUCAGGUAGAUGCUUAGCGAGCAAAAAGGAAGCAUCAAUUCAGAUGCAAUAAAUGUUUCUUUAUAUGAUUGGAUACGAAUGUAAAAUAAGCUCGGGUCUGCAGAGGCGUUAAAAUAGAGAAAGGAAAUCUUCAUUUUGUUUCGAGUGAUGAGGAUCACUGUCAUUUUGGGGACUGCAGUACUUGUCUUUGAGAUUCUACAAAAUUCCCGAUGUGUUUCUUAUACUACACCACUGUAGUUUUUGUAUCCACCUCUUUAGUUGAAGCUUGGAUCCUCUCCCGUUACCGGAAGUUCCUUUCUGAUGACCAGUACCUUAUUUGUGCACAAGGGCUACUGUGAUGGGUCUUCCUUGCAUUUAUGUAGCUGAUAUAUAUACUUCUCUAAUAAACUAGAAUUGAAGAAACAUGUAGGUUGUGUUUCCAACUUGAAUACAUUCUAUAAUGUGAAGAGUGAAAUUUAUAGAAUAUUCAUAAAUCUUUGUGUUUGGGCGAGUUUUGAUAAACACGUUUUUGAGUAGAAUUCAUUUUGUAAAACUUUUCUUUAUUGAGCUCCAAGAGAUUGGUGCUACACCGGUCAUAAAUAUAUUGUGUGCAAUACUUUUCUUUUUA